AUGACGAUCGCGGAGCAGACAAGCACCCCGAAAAGUUCAUUAAGAACUCGCGUCAAGGAUAGAUGGUUUACCACGUCGGAAGAUCCUAGCCAACCACUUUCUUUAUCUCAAGAGCUCAACAUCUUGCGACAAAUUGAGGACGAUGCUGAGCAAUGCGAACAUUCUGACUGUUCAAAAGCAUCAUGGAAUAUGCAUGUUCAUAUGCCCGUUCUUCGUCAUGCCUUCUCUAUUCACCCAAACAUCCGUGUCGAACCAGCAGUAUCUGCAAAGAUCGCACCGUCCUUCGUCCCAACUGUCGGUGGAAGAGCAGCUGUUAUCGAAAGUAAGAUGAUUGAUUUCACGCUUCUCCUUUGGCUUAAUAGAGAAAGUCCCCAAAAGGCGGUACACAAUACGGUUGAUCUAAAUGCCGACUUGCGGUUAAUGAACGGCAUCGCAAAGACGGUUUGGAGGCGGCCCGUCGGAUCAGUCAACAUCGAGACCAAAACAGCUAUUGUUUGA